UGCUACAGUGGCUGCUCCGUAGACUCCUGUAAAACCCUAAGGAAACCAACCAGGCUCAUUCGUUAAACCCUAAGGAAAAGAAGAGGCCGCUCAUUCUCUUAAUCCAACAUGGCCUCAAAGAAGGGCAAGACCAAGAACAAGUCGAAGGACUCAGAAUCUUCAGCUGCAGCCCAAUUUACUGACAGGAAGAUCAUCACUGAUGCUCGGUUUUCGUCUGUACAUUCCGACCCUCGGUUCCAGAAAGUUCCCAGGAACACUUCUGUGGUCGCGAUCGACUCGCGAUUCAACCGCGUUCUUACUGACAAGAGCUUCUUCGUCUCGUCCUCGGCUCCGUUGGACAAGCGAGGAAAGCCCAAGAAGCGGAAUUCUGAGACUUCUUUGCGACAUUAUUAUCGAAUCGAAGAGGAGAAACACAAACAAGAAGAAGAGGAAGAGGAGGAGGAGGCGGGGAAAGAGGUUAUCAAUGAAGACGACGAGGAAGUAGAGGAAGAGCGGAAAUUGGGGAAACUCGUUCAUGUCGAGUCAGGACUGGAGUCGAGCAGUGAGUCGGAGGUGUCGCAAUCGGAGGACGAUGAGUCGUACACAACCACCGAUACCGAUGAAGGUGAAGAUGAGGGGGUUGAGGAGGAGGAAGAGCCUCAAGUGCAGGAGAGUAUACCAGAAAUCGAAAGAGAAACUCGCAGACUCGCGGUUGUUAAUAUGGAUUGGAGGUAUGUUAAGGCUGUUGACUUGUAUGUAGUUUUGAGCUCAUUUCUCCCAAAAGACGGACAAAUUUUAUCGGUGGCUGUCUAUCCGUCUGAGUUUGGUCUUCAGCGUAUGAAAGAGGAAGAAGUUCAUGGUCCUGUUGGCUUAUUUGAUGAUGAAAAUGAUGAAGACAACGAAGAUGAGAUAGAUUACGAGAAACUGCGUGCAUAUGAGACAAGCAAGUUAAGGUACUACUAUGCUGUGGUGGAAUGUGAUUCGAGUGCCACAGCUGAUUACCUUUAUAAAGCAUGUGAUGGAGUUGAAUUUGAAAGAUCAUCCAAUAAACUUGAUCUGAGAUUUAUUCCAGACUCCAUGGAAUUUAAACACCCACCCCGAGAUAUUGCUACCGAGGCACCUGCAGGAUACGAAGGUUUAGAUUUCCAAACUCGAGCUCUGCAGCAUAGUAGAAUUCAACUUUCUUGGGAUGAGGAUGAACCGGAUCGUGUAAAGACCUUGAAACGAAAAUUUAAUGCUGACCAGCUAGCUGAACUGGAGUUGAAGGAGUUUUUGGCUUCUGAUGAGAGCGAAAGCGAUGGUGACGAGGAUGAGAAUGAUGUAGAGGAUCAGUCAGCUAAAAGGCAUAAAAAACGAGAUAUGUACCGUGCUUUAAUACAGUCUGGUGAUGUCUCAGAGGGUGAUGGUGAGGAGGAAGGCCAGGAUAUGGAGGUCACUUUCAAUACUGGUCUGGAGGACAUUAGCAAGCGUAUUUUAGAGAAGAAGGGUAAGAAGUCAGAGACAGUGUGGGAGGCCUAUCUUAGAAAAAGCCGUGAGAAAAAGAAGGCUAGGAAAAAUAAGUCCAAGUAUUCAUCAGAGGAUGAGGGAAGUGAUACUGAUCAAGAGGCACCUGAACAACCAGAUGAUUUUUUUGUUGAAGAGCCUUCAGUUAAAAGAGGUAAAAAGGUGGUUCGAGGUAAAAUUGUUGAAGAAAGGCUGCAUCAAGAUGUGGAUAAGGAAGCAGAAGCAAGCAGAGCAGAGCUUGAGUUAUUAGUUGCUGAUGACAAGGGGGAAGAAACUGGUCUUAAGCGAUAUAAUUUGAAACCUAAGAAGGCCAAGGGAAGGAAGGGGAAAGAGGUUCCAGAUGAAGACAAAAUACCAGAUCUUGAUUAUAAUGAUCCGCGUUUUUCUGCUCUCUUCACUUCACCUCAAUUUGCACUGGAUCCAACAAAUCCUGAAUUCAAAAGGUGGGCAGCUUUAUCUCGGCAUUUAGUACAGACGAAGCAAAACAGGCAAGAAGUGGCAGAAAGGGAGCGUAUGAAGUUAUCUACUACAUCAAAGGUGCCAUCUGAUGAGCCUCAGUUGAAUGAGGAUGAGCAAGUCACGUCUGAUGUUUUGCCGUCAAAGAAAGAUAAGCUUGAGUUAUCAUCCUUGGUUAAAUCAAUAAAGAUGAAGUCCAAGCAAGUUAAAUUUCCCUCUAAUGGUUCGAUGUCGAAGAAAGAUGCAAAAUUGCAAUCUGCAGAUACGGAGGAAAUGGAGCAGCCGCAUGAUCUUUCAACCUUAGCUCAAUCAGUUAAAAAGAAAUCAAAAAAUCUCAAAAGAAUGAAAACAAGAUGAAUUGGAAAGGCCGUUUUUCUUUGUUGGAGGUGGAAUCAGCAAUCUAGCAACUACCAAGACGAUUUAAGGACAAGCACUGAGGGGAAGAUCAUACACUACGCACAAUGUUUUUGUUUCUUUGAAAUAUUGGAAGGAAAACUUGCUUGUUUGUUUAUGUUUAGCAAGAAAAAUUACCCAUAACGUCAAUAUGGUAACUCAUGUUCAGACUAUAAAGUUGUUAAAUUUAUCAUUUCUUUUUAGACUA